UGCAGCGCUUUCAGCAGUCUUUUCUCGCUGUACGCUCUCCAAGUCCGAUGGCACUUCGACCUAUAGGCCGUUUUGAUUGCAUUGCCAACAUACCCAGCCCGGCGCUUCGCCUUGCCUUCACGCAACCAUCAUGAGCAAUCUGUCGCCACCACUGAGCAACAGCGGUGGCUCGUCUAUGCGUAACAGCCAGAAAGCCCACAGCAGAACCAUUAGUCGUUCCUUGUCGGUCUGUGCGCCUUCGCCCCCGCCGGCCGCGAGUGCAGAGCUCGAUGCGGCAGAGAAGAGAAGCUCGCGCAGGCGCCAUAAGUCUUCGCCCCGCAUUUCCCUCGGAAGCGCCGGUUCGAACAAUGGCGCGCAUUCCAACCCUUCCCAGCAUGCAAAUGCCAGUGCCAGCACAGGCAGCCUUGCUGCUCCCGGAAGCGGAAGUGGGGGCAACGGUGGCGGGUCAUCCCUCGUCCCGCCCCCCUAUGCCUCGUCGUUGCAUACCAGCAACAACAACCACAAUGAUAACAUUAGGAUCAGAGCCGGCAUCGCGUCUAGCAGCUCCAACUCGGGCCACGGGCAGGCGAGCGGCGGCGGCGGCGCUGACCAGCAUCACGCGUCGAGCCAUACUCACGCUCACCAUUCAGCGUGCAGAGCCUCCAUCUCCCGCUCAGAAAGUACGCACAAUGUUCGCGGCAAUGACAAGGAAGGAGAGCUAGAGAGGGAGAGGGAACAGGAAAGCAUGCCGUCGUACCACAUCAGCGGCCCAGAUGCGUUCGACGCGAUCGUGCAAGCUGCCAAUCCAAGGCACCCGGACCAUGCCGUCUGGGUCGAGCGAUUCGGCGGCUCCUUGCCUUCCAGAGGAAAACUGGCGCUGUCCGACGACCACGCCGCUGCGGUUGCAGGUGAGUCAGCGGGAGAGGGUACCGCUGCUUCAGGCAGCAGGGACAGCCUCUCUGCUGCUGUUGUUACCGUCACACACCACGCUGAGAACGCUGUGAGCGGCAGCUGGCGGAGGGCGAGCCCCAGCGGGACGCGUGGUUCGCGCGGAAGGAGGGACGGCGAAGGGGCAUUUGGAGGAGGAAGAACAGCAGCGCAGCAGCAGCAGUCAAGGACGCGUCGCACAUCCUCGAAGACAUCUCUGCAGCAUCAGGGGCAGCAGCAAUACCAUAGCUCUUCUGUCAAUGGCGGCAGCAGCAACCCCAGCAACAGUCGUGCGCGCGCGCAGGAUCUUUUCUACGCGUUCCCCGCCAGCAGCUCGGCGGGGCGGAGUGGGCAUCCGUUUGGGAGCGAUCAGGACAGCGACGAUGUGCGCGUCGGCACCACCACCACCGCAGUAGGCACAUCUGCUACUGCUGGCGCAUCGAGCUUCGCGCCUCUGUUCUCUCCCGAGAACCCUGGUCCUGGCGGACACGUGCGCUGCCACUCAAUGGACAGCAGGAAGCGCCGGUCUCGAAAGGACAAGGAUAAAGGCAAGCAGAAAGCCACCCCACCGCCCAUACCUCCUCCGCGCGUGACGAGCUCGACAAGUUUCCAAGCACCGGCUGCUGUCAGCGGCAGCGCGCCCGGCACGCCGAUCAGUCCGCGAGCUGGACUCGCAGCGGCAAUGAUGACGGACAGCUCGAGCUACGCGUCCACCAUGCCUCCUUCACAGAGCCAUCUUUCCCUCGCCGGCGUUGGUCGAGCGAACAUCAGUUCCAAUAGCCAUGUGCGUAUGGGCAUAGCGCCACCCGCGUCUGCCUCGGCACGCGCGCGGAGCGUCGACAUGCCGCGCGUCACGCAGCGCACGUCGAGCAUCAGUAGCAGCGAAGCUGCGUCUCUGUUUGUGCAGCCCGUACCCGAGUGGGUCGAAGCCGCAGGCAGCGGCAUGCGGGCGCACCCGUCCAAAUCCCCUCUGCGAGGCUUGACGUCCGGAUUCGGCAUUGGCAGCGGCUCGCUGCCCGCCUCGCCCAGGACAACGAGCGGCGCGAAUGCGCAGAGCGAGAAGGAGCACACGAAGAAAGAGACGAAACGCCCUCGUUCGUUGAGUCUUCACUCAGUCAUCAGUAGCAAGUUCGACGCCGUCACUUCCGUUGGUGUUCGGGGAGCAAACAACGUAGGCCAAGCGUUUGCUCCUGCGUCCCCAGUGCCUGCUCUCCCGCAGACGGCCACAACGUCCGAGGCUGCAUCGGACUACACGCCCUCCAGCUACAGCGCGCACUCCGCCCCCGGUUCCGGCUCUGGCUCCGGGUCCGGCCCGCCUUCGUCGCCGUAUGCGGUCCGCGCGCUGCCGGGCACGCUGAACGGGCGCCCGACAGAGGCGCGGCACCUGUCGACUGUGUAUCAGGAAGACACCGAGGCUGCCGACGAGUUCUUCGAUGCCAAUGAGAUCCAUGACGCCGCGAGCGACCUGCAUGCGCGCAGCGCCGAGAACAACAACAGCAACACUGACAUUACUAGGCAUGCGGCUCCCCCUCCCUUGGGUAACGCCAAUGCCAAUGCCAAGGCGCAUGCGGAUGCGCGUGGGAACGCAAACGCAAACGUCCAUUCCAACGCCAAUGAGAAUGUCCAUAAACACACCGUGAGCGGGAUCGCCAAAAAGGAGAAGCAGAAGAAGUCGAUAAAGUGCUCUUCGUCGCCAAUGCGCGACCUUAGCGAUCGGGAGAGACGUAGCCUGCUGGCGCAAAACACGUACUACAUCCCGCCGAAUCCGGCCAGUCGCUCGCCGUCCAGCAGCGGCAGCCCGCAGCUGCUCAGCGUCGAUGCGCAGCACUUAACUUCCUCCUCUACAUCAGCAACGGCGGCGGCGGGCGCAGCACGGGGAAGGGAGUUCUUACGACCUACUUCUUCGUCGCCAAAUCUGUUUGCGAUGGAGCCUGGUGUAGAGGGGAUACGGGCAAACGCUUCAGAAGCGGGCCAAUCGGUCAUCGGGACUUCGUCCAUGCACUCGAGGUCGCAUCGGCAUGAUUCUGCUUCUGGGAACGCGAACACUCAGUCGCAGUCGCAAUUAGAGUCCUUGAAGCGACCUUCUGGCUGGCGGAGCGCUCGCUUCCCUUCCUUCGCGCUGCGCAAAAAGGUGCAUCCGUCCUUGGACGACUCGCACGGCCAAGCUGGUGCUGCACCGUCGGGGGUUGGCCAUAGGUUUGAACAAACAGGAGCGAGCGAGGGGCUUGUGGCGGCACCCCCGGCGUCGGAGGUGCUCAAGCCCAGCAAAGCGCCACCGCCACCCAAGGCACGCAAGGUGGAAGAGGCCUCCUCAUGGCGCUCGCGCUUUCUGCGCGGUAGCCCCGGCAAGGUGAACGUCGGCAGUCCCAAAUCGGUGUGCAAAGAGCCAUCUUCGGCGCUCACAGUACCUGAUUCAAAGCCCACUCAUACACUUGAAGCGGACAACAAGUGGCGACAUGAUAUUCUAUCCGAAGUUGUUACUCGCAGUCUCAAUGCGUCUAACGCGACGCUGGCCACGUCAUCCCCGCGUCAGCAGCCACUGCCUUCGCUUUUGCACGGCGCUUCCGAGUCCAAAGACUUGCUCACCGUCGCGGCUGCCGACGACAUCUUAGAUGGGCCCACCAUCCGCAAGUCGCUUUCUCCGCAUUUGCUCAGUGAGGCGACGGCCCAUAGCCGUGACAGCACGUGGCGCUCGAUGAGCUCGCUCGAGGACAAAGCGGGCGGAAAUCAAUUGGAAAACGAGACGGUUGCGAGGGUAGAAGAAAAGGUGCAGCAAGGCGAGGGCAAGAGAAUAGACCACGGUCAGAUUCUCUUGGACAACUCGUCCGCAUCGCCAUUCAAGGACAGCAAUGUGAAAGACGUAGACAAAGUCUUGGACUUGGAUGCGGAGGCAGCUAUGUGCGCUAUUCCCGACGACGCUGCGGCUGCAGAGGUAGGAGCACAUCGACAGGCUCUUUCUCCACUCCCGCCUCCGAUUCAGGCGCUGCGCUCACGUGUUACAAGUCCAGCCGAGCACUCGCGGACGUCGUUCUCCAUGGAUCGGAACCGAGAUCCAGUGAUGAGUCCCAUGCUUUGGUCUCAGCAGCAGACGACGCAGUCGCGAUCGCCCGGCCUCCUUGGUGCGCUGCGCGAGCGCAUGCGCUCGAAGUCGCCGGGGAUGGCACCGGCAGUCGACUCUAGCACCUAUCGGCACCUCGGCCCUGUUUUGUCUCCUGAGUCCGCUGUCGCCAAGUCUCCGCCCUUCGUUGCCGCAGAAGGCGAUCGCGCGGCCCCUGCUUUCCCGCGGCCAAUCGCCGUCGCUGCGCAAGCGUCGAUCGGUCUUGGCAUCAAAGACUCCGAGGUGAGCGAAACGCACGCUGCUUCUGCGUCUUUCGCGCACGAAGGCACGGAUACACCUCCCAAGCCACCACCUAAGUAUUCUGCCGAUGUGAGGGCCUUCGACGACAUGCUGCGCGGGUUUGGACAGGCCGAGAAACAAGUGCGCCAAAUUAUAUCAGGAAAGGCACGCGAACAACUGGACGAGACCCCUUCAUCUCUGCAGAACGGAACCAGAAAUUAAAAAUAUAUCACACUCAUUCAUCUGUAUACCAGCGAUCAUCACAACAUUUAGCUUAAUCCUGUCCGGCAAGGGCGAACAAAUUAGUGGUAUGGUUUGCGGGAGAGGUGCAAGGC